AUGAAGGAGCGUAACUAUGCUGAAGCUUCUCGUGUCGGCCAGUUCAGCGGCGGCGAGAGCUUCCCUUGUAUCUCUGGAUAUUUAGGAGAAGCCAUGCUUCAUGUCGGCCAGUUCUGCGGCGCCAUCCAUCGAAAAGACAGAUUACGGAUUGAUGAUAAGAUAUCCGAUGAAUCCGAUGAAAAUCUUUAA